AUGACCACGACGCUCUCCAGCACCGCCUUCUGGGGCUACCACGACGCCCUACAGCGCCACCUACCGGAACGACCACGACGCCCUGCAGUGCCGCCUACCGGGACGACCACGACGCCAUACAGCGCCGCCCACCGGGACGACCACGACGCUCUCCAGCACCGCCUUCUGGGGCGACCACGACGCCCUAUAGUGCCGCCUACCGGGACGACCACGACGCCCUACAGCGCCGUCUUCCGGGACGACCACGACGCCCUACAGCGCCGUCUUCCGGGACGACCACGACGCCCUACAGCGCCGUCUUCCGGGACGACCACGACGCCCUACAGCGCCGUCUUCCGGGACGACCACGACGCCCUACAGCGCCGCCUACUGGGACGACCACAACGCCCUCCAGCACCUCCUCCCUGGAUGACCACGACGCCCUCCAGCACCACCUACCCUGACAACCACGACGCCCUCCAGCGCUGUUUCCCCGGACGACCACGACGCCCUCCAGCGCCGCCUCCCCGGACGACCACGACGCCCUCCAGCGACGCCUCCCCGGACGACCACGACGCCCUCCAGCGCCGCCUCCUCAGACGACCACGACGCCCUCCAGCGCCGCCUCCCCGGUCGACCACGACGCCCUCCAGCGCCGCCUUCCCGGACGAUCCACGACGCCCUCCAGUGCCGCCUCCUCGGACGAUCACGGCGCCCUCCAGCGCCGCCUCCCCGGACGACCAUGGCGCCUUCCCGGACGACCACGACACCCUCCAGCAUCGCCACCCCGGACGAUCACGACGUCCUCCAGCGUUGCCUUCCCGGACGACCACGAUGCCCUCCAGCGCCGCCUCCCCGGACGACCACGACGCCCUCCAGCGCUGCCUCCCCGGACGACCACGACGCCCUCCAGCGCCGCCUCCCCGGACGACCACGACGCCCUCCAGCGCCGCCUCCACGGACGAUCACGACGCCCUGUAG